GAUAGAAUGGUGAGGUAUGAAUCUUUCACCUGUUCUUACCCCAACUGCUGUCGCCAGAUUCAUCUUUCUUCACAAGACGUCACGAGUGUAACAUACAUACAAUGCAGUUCAUGUACCAAUUUGCACGGGAAUACAAGUUUGACAACUGUAUAUUACAACAAUAACCAAUCAAUUACAAGGUUAUACACCGAUCAGUGUUGUGGAGGUGAAAUGUUUGUUUACUUAGAUCAGAUACCAACAGAGAAACCCACAUUUAUUUAUGAUAUAGAGACCACUCGGGGCUUGAUUUCAACAGCAAUCAACAGAGAGGAACCUACCCUAUGUACUGGAAAUACGGCCUUUCUUUUCAGUCUGACGAUAAACAUCCUACUUUCUGUCCUAUUACUUACUAUGUUUUAUGUUGCUUGGAAAAAAGCUCACAAACGGAGAAAAGCCCACAUUCGUGCACCUAAAUACAUGACCAGUGGAGACGUGCAAAGACAAACUGACGGUGUAUAUGCACAGCUAGAUAUGCAUCUAGAAGAAACUGAUCCAGUAACUGAAUACGUAGAACCAUUUAGACAAACCAUGUCGGAAUUCGAGAUCGUGAAAUGUUCCCAUCCAAACUGCUGUCAUGAUGUAUUUCUUUCUACACCAUACGUCAGGAGCGUCACAAAAAUAAGCACAACAUCCUGUCUCACUUUUGAUGAUCUUAGGUACCCGACAACAGUUUAUAACACUGGAAACAAAUCACUAGAAAUAUUCAAUGAUGUCAGGAAUUGUUGUCACGGGGACAUUCAUGUGUUUCUAGAAAUUGAAAAAGAAACACCUCCACCAGUUAAUCGUGGAUCUAAAUCCUCUUCUGGUAUACUUAAUUUAUCAACAGAAUCAACAGCAUAUGAAACUACGUCAAAGAAUAACAUUUUGGAAACUCCAGAGAUGCCACAUGAUCACCCUUCUGUUAUAGUUCCUGUCGCAUUAGUCUGUUUAACUUUGCUUGUCAUUGGAGUUGGCAUAUUUUUAUACCGGCGAUAUAGAAAUUCGAUGAAAAAGGCAAAGAGACAGUUUCUAGAUCACGGCGAAUAUUCCACUGUGAAUGAACAACAGAGAACCCAGACUUCUAAUUACAGUUCUGUCGGACUAACGACUGAUAAUUAUUUUGUGUUAGAGAAAAAAGUGGGUUCGAACAGUGUACCACCACCAAACAAGGAUACUCAGCUGAACGUUCAACAAAUGACAUCAAGUAAUGACUUUGCUUUAGAGCACGAUGGUGUUGUUAAUGCUUAUGAAACAGUUGAGGACACAAACCAAACUGAAAAUCGUAACAGCCAGGUGGUCGAUGGCGAAUAUAACACAUUACAUGCCAACGAGGAUCUGCCCACUGAUUCAACAGAUAACUACAGUCAUUUUAAUGACUUCAAACAGGAAUACAGUCAUUUAAUUAGAUGAAUAGGAUACGAUGAGAGAGGCGAUUGGGUUUUUUUUGGUUGGUAAUCGCAAACAUUUCUCAAAACAUAUAUUAUCUAGCGUUAGAACAGAAAAGGCAGUUGAUAUUGUUAUCAAAGAGACAUUCAGUGUAUCUUUUAAAGUUGCAUAAGAACAUGCUAUUAUAUAAGUACCUUCUUUUUUUUAUCAGGCAUUGCAAAG